AUGUUCACGACCUUUGCCAGCACUCCUCGUUCAGCCCGGGAUGAGGCACAACCUGCACUAUCUCUUACUCCAGAAUCAACACCCGCGCGCCCUAAACGCAGUCAGGUCGCCCGAGCCUGUGAUUGGUGCCGUGUACAUCGCGUCAAAGAAAUCGAACGGUUGCGACAACGCGUCAAGGAACUGGAAGAGGAUCUCAAACAGCACGGGAAUUGUAGUGGAAGCAGUUCCAACACGCUCACCCCCGCAUCCGCAGUCUCGACCAACAACGCUGGAAUUUUAGACCAGCUUGCGGAUCAUGGCGGCAACAAGAAAUAUUGGCAAGGCAUCCAUACCAGAACAGCACAGGCGCCCCAAACGCAGUGUUACGGACCGGCAUCUUCCUUCUACUUCAUCGGCCGCAUGAGCUCGUACCUGGCGGCCGCCCUCCAGCAGCCGCAGUCUGACGACCAUAUGCAGCCCAAUUCAGCGAGCAAGGCAUUUGCUAGCCCCACGAGCCCUGGAAAAGAGGGCGGGAAUGGGACGUUAAAUCUCGAAGGAGGCCAGCAGCAGCUGGCAGCAGAAACUCCAACCGGCGGGGACUAUCUAACCGCAAGGCAGGAAGACUACUUCCUGAAUCUGUUUUGGCAGUCGUACCAUUGCAGCCUCCAGAUUAUAGACGAAGCGGAGUUUAGGCAGCAUUACAAAUCUCUGUGGGCUACCCCGGGAGCGUCUCGCAAGGCGUCCGCUCUUGUAGAUAUAGUUCUUGCCAUAUGCAUGCAGUAUGGAAUUGCAUUCAUACCCCGGAGCGGCGUGGAUCCUGCGCUGAGGACGGAUGUCAACAGUAACGAUGCAACAAUCGCUGGACGGUCGUUCUAUCGUAGAUGCCAGUCCCUGCUGACGUCGGAGCUGGAAAGCCCGUCAAUCACAACUUUGCAGUGUCACAUUUUCUCUGUCAUAUAUCUCUGCAACGCGUCCUUCCAAAACAUGGCUCACAGCACUUUAGCCUUUGCGGUCCGGACUGCUCACAUCUUAGGCCUUCACCUUGAGCCUCCAGAUGACCUGCCUCAGACUCAGAGAGAGCUGCGAAAACGCCUGUGGUGGUCGUUGUAUACCCUCGAAAGUAAGAUAUGCAUGAAGCUUGGGAGGCCGUGGUCUGUCCAAAUGUCGGAGAUAACCUGCAGCUUACCCGCUGAUGACCACAAGCUGGCCCUGCUCUCCGGCUUCAACUUUGCCUCCUUCGCGGAUAACAUCACCUGGCUAACGUACAACGUGCAGAAUACCAAGCUCGUCCUGACGGCUCGUGCUAUCUACAUCGCUUUUUACGACAAGUGCGCUGAUAUUCUCAGCGUAAAUGGUGGAAAGAGCCUAUACAGUGAGCCUCAGUCCCUCGAGACAUGUGCUGAAUUCCUCCUGGCCAGUAUGAAAUCACUUCAGACCUGGGUAGAUAAUGUCCCGGAUACACUGAAGACACGAAGGAAAGGUUCUGGAAACCCCUUCUCCACUGAUAGAUCGCCCCUGGACGUGGAAUUAUUUGCUCCGUUAUGGCUUCAACGGCAGCGAUUGUUGCUUGAACUCUUAUACCACAACCUCGCCAUGAACUCUUACCGGCCCUUUAUCUGCUUCUCCCAAACAAUGGACUCCUGUACCCCAGUUGCUGAUGCCAACGCAGUCUCAUGCGUCAACCAUGCGAUUGCACUCACCCAUAUCAUGCACCAGAUGCUUACUGAGACGGAUAUUUUGAACGGCUGGCACGAAUCCUUUCAGUGGCAAUGGAAUGCGACUCUCUCCAUGAUUGGAUUUAUCCUAGCUUACCCCAUCAGUCCCUCCACGCCCUCAGCCCGUAAGGCAAUCAACCAUGCCAGCGUUGUUUUCGAAACAUUCGGGAACCAUUUCGCCGUCGCCGCCAACGCAGCAAACGUGACACGCGAUCUUACAACUAAAGCCGACUUUCUUAUUGAUCGCCUCCGAAGCCCGCCAGGCUCGGUCACCUUUCUAUCCACCGGAAAUUUGGGUACUAUUACGCAGCCGUUUGGCGCUCAUAAUUUUGACAAUGCUGAUGCAAACAACCUAGGAACUGCUGGCUCUCAGUUUGACGAUGAAGCCUCUUUGGUACAGACAGCACUAGAUGGAGCCAUCGGCGUUCCUUUUACUGUUAAUUCAUUCAAUGGCUUCGAGCCGCUAUCUGGGAGUAAUCUGCCUAACUCUAAUACAUGGACGUUUACCCAAGACUAA